UCAAAGCACAGUAUUUUCCACAACGAAAGUCGUAAAAGGUAUCAGUGUAUCACUUGUAUCUGUCGCUUCCCCUGUUUACCCGCCCAUCUCGUUUCCUAGCUCAGGGCGCCGCGCGACUCAUUUUCGGCUGUACCUACAGGUAUUUGAGUGCUCUACAAGUACAGCUUCUGUACUUAUCAAGGGUCCAACCUUGGGUACCAUUUCUUUUGACUUCUCGGAUCACAGCACGCAGCACCACCACCAGUGCCUAUCUAUCCUUGUGCAAGAGUCUUCAAAGUACCUCCUUGAUCACUAAGAUUCGCAAGGAGUCACCGAUUCUCUUUGGAGGCGUGCUCGGGAUUGCUUCUCCAACCUUCCCCGGCGAAAUUUGUUUUACGUCGCUACUAUUAACAUUUGGCGCUGCCCGUUCAGCGGCUAGAGAGCCAGGCACAAAUACAGAGUUGCCUUAGUAGCUGGCAAUAUGGCCAGUAAGGCACUUAGAGAAUACAAGUUGGUGGUUGUCGGGGGGGGCGGUGUUGGCAAGUCAUGCUUGACCAUCCAAUUGAUUCAAAGCCACUUCGUCGAUGAAUACGACCCGACAAUUGAAGAUUCCUACCGCAAGCAAUGUGUCAUUGACGGUGAACUCGCUCUUUUGGAUGUUCUUGAUACUGCCGGCCAGGAGGAGUACUCUGCCAUGCGCGAACAGUACAUGAGGACAGGUGAAGGGUUUCUACUUGUAUAUUCCAUCAACUCAAGGCAGUCGUAUGAAGAGAUUUCGGUUUUCCAACAGCAAAUCCUUCGGGUAAAGGACAAAGACUAUUUCCCCAUGAUCGUGGUAGGAAACAAGAGCGACCUUGAGAUGGAGGGGGGUCGAGAGGUGUCAAAGCAAGCUGGAGAAGAACUUGCGCGACAAUUCAACUGUUCGUUCAUCGAGACUUCGGCAAAAUUGCGUAUCAACGUCGACGAGGCCUUCCAUAACCUUGUGCGCGAGAUUCGUCGGUACAAUAAAGAAAUGUCGUCCUACUCUUCUGCGCCCGCCGGCGGCUCGAACGGACCUCAAUCGAAAAUGGAAAUCCAAGAACAGUCAAAAGAGAGAGGAUGUUGUGGCAAAUGCCUCAUCAUGUAAAUUCUCGGUAAAAGGUCGAGAUUCUGGUCGAAAGCGUACACAGUUGCCCUUGUACGUCUCGAUUGUGUUUUGAUUGUGCGUUUCAAGGCCUGGAGCUCUUCAGAGAUGGGUCUCGGCUUGAUAGUAUAGGAGCGACCCACCUUUUUACAUCUUAUCUUCUAAUUUCAUUCCUACAUAUUACGCGCGCGAUGUUGAUUUUUUUCUUUCCAGCAGCCCGUUUUACUAUCCAUGUAGAGCUUCCUUCAAUUUUACCUCAGUGCAAUGGCUGGUGCGUUGUUGGGAGCAGGAGCGUGCUUUGCGAAUGUGUGCAUCGCAAUCUUAACUCUACUAUUGGCAAUACUACCGUCUUUUUAAUACUAAAUGCUCAAGAAAGAUCGAUUAAGGAUUUCAUCACAAGCAAAAUUGAAACUAGGGC